AUGCAGAGCCAGGUUGUGUGUAGAGGGUGUAGAAGUGUAUUGUUAUAUCCAAGUGGAGCUCCUAACGUUUGUUGUGCUUUAUGUAGCACUGUUACCUCCAUUCCUCCUCCUGGCACAAUGAAUGUUGGCGAAGGUUUUCGAAGAAUUGUUGGUGGAAAAGAUGGAAGUUGGAUGGACAUGGCCCAACUCAUAUGUGGAGGUUGCAGGACAUUGCUAAUGUAUACACGUGGGGCAACAACUGCACAGGAUUUUGGGGAAUGGGCUAAGGAAGUGUUGCUUGUAUUGGCUUCAUUUGUUCACUUUGUUGCUCAUGUAAACUGUGGGAACUGCCGGACUACACUUAUGUAUCCAAAUGGAGCUCCAUCUGUCAAGUGUGCGAUGGGUAACGUGAUAGCUCCGCAUCCAGCAAACAGACCCAAUGGUGUAGGUGGAACAACACCGUCUACUUCAAUGCCGAUGCCCCAUUCUCAGACUCAAACUGUUGUUGUGGAAAACCCUAUGUCUGUUGAUGAAAGUGGCAAAUUGGUAUAA